GCUGUGGAUGUAACGGUGUUUGCUACAGUGUAGUCAGGAUGGAGCGGAAAGUGUAGCGCGGGUUGGAGCGAACCGUGCCGUGCCGUGUGCGAGUAGCUUGGGUGAGACGCAGUUUUGGAAGAGGGCUGCACCAUCAGGUCGUGAUGCUGUUGACGGUCACUGCCGAUUUGGAGAGCGCUCAGCGGUUAGCUUUAGCACCAGAUUCCCUCUCCGACCUGCCCCGGGAUGUAUGUGCUGAGCUGCAGCCCAGGGAAACACCUCAAACCCCUGACAGACCUGCCGGGGCGGCUGGAGGAGUCGAAUCCAGCCUGCCAGAGCUCCAGGGCUGCUUCGAGGGGCCGUCGGCCAGUCCCCCUGUUUGGAAGUGUGAGGUGUCCGAAGACGAGACUGGUGAAAUGCACGCUGAGGGGAGAUGCAAAGAAGAACUUGGCUCUGUUGCAAGUGGUGAAGGUAACGGGGAAGGAGGAGUGAGGACAGACUGCAGGACUGAGCUGGCUUUGAGUCCCAUGCAAGGGGGCGGCGCAAGUCAGGCACAGGGAAAUGAAAUCGCAGUCGCACAGUGCAGCGCUGCAGUAAUGGCACGGCCCAUCGGCCUUGAAGCAGACUUUACCAACAUGGAUGUUGAUGCUGAAGGAUUGGAAGGGAGUGCAGCGGGGACCUGCGGGAGAGAACUGACCGGAUCAGAGAGCUCAUGUUUCCCAAUAAAGAAAUCUGAAGUGAAAACGGGCCGGGUCAUGGCUGGUCCAAACAAUGCUGCAUCCGCAGCGGCUUGGGCCCCUGAAGUGGUUUCCAUGGAAAUGGAACAAGUGGAAACAAAGACUCGGAACCCCCUUUGCAUUGGUGAUGGAAAUGAGGAGUCUAACACAACCAGUCUUAGUGCUAAUAAUCAUCCCUGUGGAGGCUCUGCACAUGAAGCUGGGGAACUUCUGCCCUGCGGUAACCUUUUAGAGAACAAGCUUUCACAGGCAGAGCUUAAAGAUGUGUCUGUUGCAAAGAUGGAGAGUUCAGGGCAAAAUGUUGCUGCUACCCAGAGUACUGGGGUAGGACAGGAUCUUAUAGAUAACCACUGGGUGCACUCCAGGUUCGACGAACUCGCACCUUACAUCAGGCCGCACGACGAAGACGAGAUCUUGGGCGUCUGCGCUGAGAUCGAGGUCGUGCUCGGAGUCGAUCGCAGCCAUUCGGAACAGAAGGAAGCUGAGGAUUCUGUCCGUGGAGAAGGUUUAGAAAGGCUCCCAGCUGAACUCUCCACUGAAAGUCAGUCGGAAGUGAUUUCGGAAGCAGAACCAGCGGAUGAGGGACGCGAUGUUCCUGUCCUGACCCGUUCAGAAAUGGACCAGGCAGAGCAUGCCGUGCCUUGUGAGUGUGUGACCCCGACUUGGACCCGGGAGGGGGGCUCUGUAAAGGACGGCACCCCGUGUUCCGCAGGGCUCGGCAGCUCGGCAUACAAGCACUGUGCCUCUGACUGCAAUUAUUGUUCACCAUGCAAUAGGAAUAUCAAGGUGUCUUCUGACUCUAAAAUCACAAGCAGCGUCCCAGCAAAACACCUGAAUAAAAGUGGCUGCUGUCCCCUGGGUGACAAUGUGCCAGCUAGAGCUCCUUCAGAAACCACCAGGGGCCAGAGUGCGACGCCUCAAGCUUGUGGUACACUGGAAACCGAGAGCCGGGGAGCAGCUCAGCCUCUGGAAAGUGAUUUCUCUGUGCGGUUAUCUGGGGAGGAAGAUGCUGUGGAGCUGCUGCAAGAUGGAACGGACCUCUCCAGGCAGGCAGCACACGGUGAAGAGGCCCUGACUGAAAAGCAGUGUGACGUGCGAUUGGAAAACAGUGAAGCGACUUUGGUAGCAAAGCAAAAGACUGAAGAUAAGCUGGAGCAGAGUGCAACCUCUGAAGCUGCCACAGAUAUUGGGGCAGGGGUUUCAGCAGACCGAACUGGAAGUGCUGGCGCGCUCGGGGAAAGAGACCCAGAUAGGGGGACGGCGUCUGGGGGAGACGGAGUGAAACUUGGGGUUUCAGAGUGUCGGACAGAUCGCAGAUCCCAGUUAAACUCUGAAGAUGAAAAAGAUACCUUAGGUACCGCUGAACCUUCAGUAGGAAAUCCAUCGGCACUCAAAAACAAGCCAGCCACUGAUAUAACUCCGGAUGGUGCAGGAGCAGCGGCUGUUGCUGAUGGUGCGGCAGUGAACAGCUUGUGUGGGGCAUUGGAGCAGGAAACGCUGAGCAGUGUGACUGAUGUGGAAAAACCUUUAACAGAAUCUGAAAGUAGACUAGUUUCGGGAAGCGUUGAGAUCCCGCCACAACCCAGGCAAGGUUGCAAAACAGCUGCCGUUAGUGACAGCACUACAGAAAGCGUGUGUAGAACUGUUGAGCUGGAGUCGGGAGGUCUCAGUACUUUGAAUGAUAAGGAAAAAUCUUUAAAAGAAACCGAAAGCAUUGAGACAACCUGGCAGUCCAGGGAGGAUUGCAAGGUGCCCUGUGAAGGUGAACUGGACUGCAACGAGACGUCACAAAGCCAAGGUAGCUGUCAGGUAAUUCCAAACUGUCAUGCAAAAGAAUCGGAAAUCCACGAGGAUCCAGUGGACCCUGCCACUCAUUUACAAACCAGUUGUGAUGGUUCUGGAGACGGGGAAAGAUAUAGUGCAGAAAGUUCAGAACUGCAUGAGAAUCGAUUGGACCUUCCUGGUCAUUUCAGAACUGGUUGUGAUGACGAGGCGACACCUGAUAAAGGGCAGUCUUGCAAAGGAGCAGAAGAAGAUGCUGAAAGACAGCGUGCCUCCGAUGAAGAAUUGGACUUCACCGAAGGGCCUUCACACAGCCAAGUCAAAAGCCUGACCUCAAUAGACCUCCAGGUGGAAGCUUCGGCUGAGGGUUGGGCUGUAUUAAAAAAUAGCCUGUUUAUUAAUCAACAACCUGCUGACACAAAAACACUCAGUUCUGAGCUGGGUGGCGGGAGCGAGGAGAUUGCAGGGGUUCCAUUGGAAAAAAUGGAGCACGAGCCAGCUGUAUACAAGAAGAGCACCUCCCCCCUGCAUGCUGCAAGCAUUGUGGCAUGCAGCCAGAGCGACCAGGCUUUGUUAGAGAGAGCGUUGUAUGAAAAGCUUGCGGAAGGAACUGUUCUCUCUGAGGGGGAGAGAACCACAGAAUGCACUUUACAUGACCCCAGUGCUCCUCACACUUCUGAGUGCUGUCAUCAAAAACGUACGCCUCCAACUGAAAUUGACGACUGCUCAAAAACAAGCAGCUCUGACCUGCCUUGCACAAGCCGCACGCACAGCCACAGCGUCCCCGUCGAGCCUGGAAAAGCACCCGCUGGGGUUGAAGGAGAGUUCGGAAAGCUGCCUAGAAAGAAGAGGGCAGUAGAGUUACGGAAACAGCCAGGGAGGAGUUGCAAGGCAGGGAGCAAGGUGCCAGAGCCAUUGCAGGAUCUAAGAAGAAUGAGGGAAUCAAACGCUCAAGUAUUUAUUAGGACCCAAGUAGCCAACAUUGCAGACCUAGACCAUGAGUCUAGUGAAACCAUGAACCACGCAGUUCAUAGCGGCGCAGUUCUGAAAGCAAACCUGCCCAAGGAGGAAAGGGCUUUCCCUUCUGUAAGAAACGGGGCGUGCAAGCCACACAAGGCUUCCCUUAAUAUGCUGCACAGCAGUGUAAAGGCUCAGAAUAAUAUCCAGGAACCUCUGCUGUUGAAGUUAUCUAACGUGGCCAGUAGCCUGGUGCCGGUUAGGAGCCCUCAAAAGUUCAGACCUUUUUAUAGAUCGUCCAAAGUCUUGCCGUACAGAUUAGACAAAGGGCUAAAAGCCGGAGCAGCUGACAUCUCUGUGUGCACAAUGACAAAAUUAAAACCUUACUGGUGCAACAGUUUUUGUUGCAGGCUUCCCCGUUUAAAGGGACACUCUUUGAAGAAUGUAACCUUUCAGUCUCUUGCACUAUCCUGCAGUGCGGAUCUAUCCAAGGUUUCCUUGUACCAAACGGAUCGCUGGAAACCCUUGGUGACCUUUACUACCCCCAUCUUUCCAGUUUCUUUCCAUGUUAGAUUGGGGUCUAUGUCGUCUUUACCGUCCAGUGGUGAUGAUGAUAAGAAGUCUUUGAUGCAGCACUGUGCUUCUUCAAACCUCAUGUUGCAUGAAGAAUCUAUCCAACCUCCUUCAUCCUCCUACUCCUCUCUCUCUUCAGAAUGGACUUGUUCCUCCUCCUCUCCAAAUUUUUCAGCAACCGCAGGUUACCACAGCAUUCUCCAGAACACCACGCUCGCAGGCUUCAGUAGUGAUUUGCACCCCGUUUUGUUUACUUGCUCUGGGAGCAGCGAGCCCAGCUGCAGAAGCUGCAGUUUCAGUGAAUGUCAGGAGCUUGAGUGGUGGACUGCUUCCUCUUCUCCGUUCUCCAGGUUCGGGCUGCACACUGUUUUAGCCCUUUCCUCUCAGGCUUGUUACCGGGUCUGGACUCGCCGGCGCUGCCUGGGCAGGAGGGUCCCUGCGGUCCAGAAGAGGUUCCUGUCCCAGUUUGAGGAGGGGCUGAAGGGGUCUUCCUUGAUCCUGAAGGAGAGCCUCUUUCCCUCGUUGCACUACUCUCUGGGAAGGAUCGUCGCAGCCUGGAGCAGUCGGGGGCCAGCGGCCUGCCUGCCUGACUUCACUACCUUCUCCUGCCUCGACAUGGAACGCAGCUAUGCAAGGCAGUUGCUGGAGUGCUUUGUAGCCAGCUCAUUUGCUGAAGACCGUGCAGCAGCAGGUGUUGCUAAUGAAAGUAACCUCAAACAACUCGACUGCACUUUAAAGAGAGAGCCAUGCCUGGUGCCGUUGUUGCCUAUAUCGGACCGGCCCGUUCCAGAACCUGUCUUUGCACUGCUCGACCAGACAGCUGCACAGAUCAGACCAAACUCCCUCAUGGCCUGGUCGAGCCUGCCAACAGCCUCCUGUAUGGAAUGUCGUGCGAGUGACUCCGCCCAGCGAUCCUCGGCGCUGCCUGAGAUCCUGGGUGUGAGCUAUCCAGAGAUGAAAGAGCAGAGCGUUCUCGAGAAGAGCCUGGUGAGCGAGCCGGGGCAGAGGACCAAGAGGGUUUCCCAAAUCCGCAUUCGGAAAACUGUCCCCAAACCGGACAACAGUCUAACCCCUAUGGGGCUACCGAAACCAAAGAGAUUAAAGAAGAAGGAAUUCAGCCUGGAGGAGAUCUACACCAACAAAAACUACAAGUCUCCGCCUUCCAACAGGAGCCUGGAAACCAUCUUCGAGGAGCCGAAGGAGAAGAACGGCACGCUGGUGUGCAUCGGGCAGCAGAAACGCAAGAGGGUCCUGGAGUUCCAGGACUUCACAGUGCCCCGUAAGAGGCGCGCCAGGACCGGGGUGAAGCUGAAGAGCAGCCGCACGCGGGGCAGGAAGGCAGCGAAGCAGGGCUGUGCAGAGCUGGAUGUGCUGCUCGUGGAGAAGCUGAGCGCGCUGGAGCACUUCUUCAACACCGAGCACAUCAACAUCUGAGCCCUGUGUGGAGCCGCUGUUUAAAAUCACUGGCUUCACUGAUCCCAUCUUGAUCCCUGCUUUUCUUAUCUGCCUUCAGUGUCUCCACACUCCUCUAUAAGUGGCUCCAGUUCCUGGUGGGACCUCAGUAUUUAUUUUCAAACCUGCACUGCUCUCCAGUGCCCACGCUCUACCCCUGCCUCUUGAGACUGCACGCUGUUUAGUUUGGACCAGGGAUGAAACUAAACCUUGGAUUGGUCCGUAUCUGUGGUGGAGCAGCGGUAAGGGCAGCCACUGCUCUGUGUAACUGUGAGCGUCUCUGUUGGUGCAGUGAAUCGGGUACUUCCAGAGUGUGAAGUUGUAACUGCAGUAUUAUUAUUAAAACAGGGGAGGGAAAGACCUACGCCUGCGUGCGCUGGAUUUAUUAAAACACCCGUCAGGAAAGCAAAACAAAACCGAGCACUUUGCAAAACUAAAACGCGACCGCAAGGAUCGGAUUAUCAUUCUCCCUUCUUCUUUUUUCUAUCGUACUUUGUUGCAGUAACGUCUGUUCUUUUUGCACAUUCUAAACAAAAUAAUGCGCUUUGAUAUUCAGCCUUGCCAAAGUAAUGGGAAACAGUGAUGUAGCUCUUUCUCAAAGUAUUGUACACGUUGUUAGAUCCCUGUUAAAGAAACACGGCUGUUCACAUUUCCUUUCACCUGUACGCAUCACUACAAUAGGUUGCCUUCAGAACGACAGUAUUUUUGGAAGAGUUGCUGUCAAAAAAUAAUUGUUGCUGUUUUAUAACGAAAGAAAAAUAAUAAUUGCAUUUGUUAGCAUCGCAAUGUGAAAUGCAAGUGUAGAAACUUGUUUCCUUGGUAUUAUUUAUUCAUUUUCCUCUGAUAUUUCUUGAGGAGGAAAAGACUGAUAUUUGUAGCCUAAUAUUACCUCCUGUAGUUAGAUUUCAAAUAUUUAGACAUCAUUAGCCAGCCAGUUCUAUUAGCCAAACGUUGGAUUCAAUUCAAUUGUCGACAGUAAUAUUUGUGAACAGUAAGAGGUUAUUGCACACAAACACAAGCUGGUAUUUCAAAAAUCUUUUUUUCUGAAACGCUAGUUCCUAUUCAGAAAAAUCGAAAUUGCCCCAAAUGUGUGUGAUGUUGGCUUUUGUUUCCUUUCGUUUUUAGAUACCUUUUUAAAAAGUGAAAUACGAACAGUGUGAGGGGGUGGGGGAGAAAUAACCCAAGGGCUAAAAAAAAUAAAGGAAACAGUAACAGCUCAAUUCAAGGCCGAUGCAAAAUAAAACCGCUUCGGGGUGACAUGUCUGACUCGGGCAGCGUUCUGGCGUGUGUGCCGUUGCCAUGGGAACGGGCUCCUCCACAGGGACAGAGCACCAGUAGUUCUUAGGGGCAGUUCAGUGGAGAUGGUAGUGAUUUUUAAUUUUAAGCUGAUGUGCUUUUACACAUUGUGAAACUCUUGCUCACCUGCUAGGAAUGAUCAAGCACUCUGUGUGUUUAUAUGGGUUGUUUUUUUCAGAUUCCCUAUUGGUACAGGUGAUUUACUUUUAUUAAACAAAACCAAAAAGAAAAAAGCCAAUUCCAUUCUCCCAAUAUUAUUAUUAUAACCCCCCCUUAUCAAACAGAACUUUGCGUUUGUGUGAGUACUUGCCUCUUUUUUUUAGGUAGUGGAUUCAUUUGUUUGCUGUCCUGGUUUUUGAAGAAAUACGUUGACUUGGCAAUCGAUGUACAUAUUAGCUGGUAAAUUUUUAAAGCAUCGUCCAAGUGUGAAUGCAGCACACAGAUAUCCAUGUGUAUUUGAUCAUACACUGUAUUACACUGGGGUUUUGUGAAUCGUGUCUCUCUCUCCGUGUGUGUAAUAUAUGAAGCUUCACAUCUCAAACUCUUUUAUCUGUAUGAUCAGGAAUAGCACAUCUGUUAAAGAAACACUAGUUUACUGUUUAAUCAUUGUGACCUUUUUUUUGGUUUAGUUUUUAUUUAUGAAAUAAAGUA